AUGCCACCACACUUCCGCCUAACAUGCAGUCUGCUGCUUCUGGCCGCUCUCCUCGUUAGCACCUCCGAGGCGGCGCUCUUCUCCAAAAACUCCAAAGUGGCCAUCGUCGACUCUACCAACUUCAAACGCGAGGUGCUCGACAUCGAGAAGCCCACCAUGGUCGCCUUCACCGCACCGUGGUGUGGACACUGUCAGAAGCUCGUCCCUGACUACACAAAGGUUGCAGCCCAGCUGGACGGUGUUGUGAAAAUGGCAUCGAUCGACUGUGAUGAGGAAAAGAACAAGCCUACCUGCGGGAAAUACGGCAUUCAAGGCUUCCCCACGCUCAAGCUGUUCCCACCAACGAAGAAGAGGCUGCCCAAGGACUAUCAGGGGCCCCGAUCGGCUAAGGAUAUUGCGGCGUACAUGGUCGAUGCGCUGCCGAUGGGCGCCAAGAAGCUCCGGGCGGAAGAGCUGCAGGAGUAUACCGAAAACGACGCCUCGACGCCCAAGGUGAUUCUGUUCUCGAAAAAGCCUAUCAGCUCACCGCUCUACAAGAGCCUCGCACUCGACUUCCGCAAGAGCCUCUCCUUUGCUUUCCUUCGCGGUGAUCAGCGUCCCGUCCAAGCGGCUGCUCGUGUUCACCUCGGCGUGGACGUCAGCGACGACAAGCUGCCCUACCUCAUCGUCGUUCCCUCCCGCGCUGAGGGCGAGGAGCUCGACAAGAGCGCGAUCAAGGUGUACACCGGCUCGCUCAAGUAUCACGAGCUGCAUGCGUGGAUCAAGCAGACGGUUCCCGAGGCCAAGGCGGGCAAGGCGAAGAAGGUGACCGCCAAGGCGCAGGUCAAGAAUCAGAAGCAGAAGCCGGUCAAGUUGGAUGAGGAGAUUGAGGUGGUUCCGGAGGGUGCGAAUCGAGAGUGGCGCGUUGAGGAGGAUAUGACGGAAGAGGAAAAGCGCAGAAAGAUGGAGAAGCUCUCGGAGAUGCUCAAUACGGCGAUCAAGCAGGGCAACGAUCUGAGGGAUGAUGCUGCCGCUGCCGACGACAAAAGCAAGACCAACGCAAACGUCGACAGCGACGCAGACUCCACUGCCCACGCCGACGGCAACUCCCACUCUUCUUCUUCCUCCUCGUCCUACUCUUCCUCCACCGACGCCGACGGCAAAGUAACGACCGACCGCACCGCCUCCUACUCCUCCUCCGGCACGGACCCCGACUCGGCCUCCACAUACAAAGUCUCGUCCCACUCCACUUCCGACGACGUGUCGCUCAAAGAAAAUCUGCAACGCUGGCUCGAAGGCGAACAUGUGGAUUGGUCCAGCGACUACGCCACCCAGUUCCAAGAGGCUCAGAAAGCGGCCGAGAAGCUCAUCUCCCAGGACCCCGACAAGGCGCAACAGGUGGCUUUGGAGAGCGAGAAGUGGCUGGCGCAGUAUCUCGUCUCGGACGUCGAGCUGAUGAAGCUCGCAAGGGAAAAGGGCAACCAAGAUGCGGCGGUCAGCGAUGACAAGAUCGAGAGGGUCGAGAGAAUGUACAACGAAAUCACAAAGAGGAUUGAGGAGCGAGAGGCCAAAGUCAAGGCUGAGGGUAAGGCUUCGACUGCCCACGACGAGCUUUGA